GAUUUUUUCCUUAGUUGUGGGAAUUUUUUGCAACUUUCAGGAAAUGGCAAGUUUUGGACAAAAUCUUGGAAAUUUGUCUACUUAUGUUCUGUGGGUAAAACCAAAAAGACUUCGUAGGUAAAACAGAAAAGCUAUAGCUUUAUUAUUAUUUUCUGUUUAUAACACUUGUAAAGAUGAUUCCUACAUUACCAUAUAAAUUGUUUUGGUUUAAUGUCAAUUUUUAACCUAUUUUAUUAAAGAUUGGUUUUUCUCUUGUAUUUUAUAAUGGACGUAGCUAAAGAAGAUGAUUUCUGGAACAUAAGUAGUUCAUCGGGAUUUAAUUUUGAUGAUGAAGAGGACAAUUCUCAUGUUCAAGAGUCCAUAUUUAGUUCUUCAACUGAGGAAAAUCUUACCUUGCCCAUUCAUUCUAUUAUAUCUAAAGUUGGGUUGGAUUUAGUACUUGAUGAUGUUAAAUCUACAAAUCAAAGGGUUGUGGCACCUGUGGAAGAAACAAUAAAAAAAAUGUCUUAUAGUCAAAAAUAUUAUCUACCCCAAUACCAACAGUUUGAUGAAAAAAUGCUGCUCUUGGAUUUAGCAAUAGAAACUUUAGAUGGAAAUGUUAUAAUUAAGAUUGUAUUGUUUUUAAAAGCUACAUUAAGGCAAAAUAUAUUUUACCAUCAAGUUGCCAAAAGAAAACUUGCUGUAAGACAUUAUGCCAACUAUCUUAUUAGUACUAGUGGGUUCCAAGAAUUAGCAGAUAUGUAUAUGGCAACUGGCAACUCAUACAACAUGAUUGAAAUUUAUUAUUUAAUUGGUAAAAAUAUAACUAAUAAGGAAACUGUCUUUAAAAAACUCGAGCAGUUUAUGAUGGAGCAUUUACAAAAAGUCGGCAAUGAUGAAAAAUCUGAACUUUAUGACCAAAUGGAUUUUUUACGGUGGCAAAUAGAAAACAAACAACAAAGUGAGUCUGUUAUUGAACAAUUAGCUGUUUUGUGUAAAAUAGAAUGGACCAAAAAUAAGAACAAUAAUGAAAAAGUUAUGGCUUUUAAGAAACUUUUAAGAAUUGAUGAUUUUAUUUUUGAAUGGACCAUUUUAAAUGUCUUAGCAUCAAUGGAAUUGUGGCCCCAAAUUAAUAAUUUAUUUAUUAAACCUAACUGGCUUACAAAAAAACAUACAUUUAAGAGUAUUAUAAACCCAGAAUUAUUUGUUUACUGCAUUGGUAAACAUAAUCCAUCCAAAGAUAUUCUGGAACAGUAUUUAAAUUUUAUAUCAGACAGUGAGACAAGUUUACAUUUAGGUAAAAAAUUAAACUGUCACAAAUUUGUAAUCCAGCAUUUUAUAAAUCAAAAAGACAGAAAUUCUCUAGUAAAUUACAGAAGUAAAAUUCCACCACAAAUAGAAGAAUACUUUUUGAUCGAACAGGCUUUAAAAAAUUUAGUGAAUUAAAGCAUAAUCUUAAUAAUACAAUACAUCUAAACUGCAGUUUAUAAGAAAGUUAUGUAUACACAAAAGUUAUUUUAUUUACUUAAAUAAAGCAUAUUAUUUUCA